GAUACUUCUAAACGCACGGCUGCUCGCUGUGUGUUGUGUUUUCUCAGUGUGAGCUAGUUGGAAAGAAAAAAAGUUUAAGCCCAAAGACGGCGAAGAGUUGAUGAUUCGAGGUCUUCGCGGUGAGGCGAAAGUUUUUCGUCACUCAACAGAAAAGUACGAACAGUUACAAAUACUACCGAACGUAAGCUUGGUGCUGUAAUGUCCUCACCCUCCAGCAGACUCAAACGCCUACACUGCAGGAAGAAGCACUAUCCUAGUAGCACUUACCUCACCCACGUUUGACAGCGAAUCAUCCGACACAGGGCACAGAAUCAGCACUUGGACAACGGGCAGAAGGUUUGACAGAAGAGACUGAGGGACACAUGUCUGACUCAGUUGGAAGUGCUGAAGGAGUGGGGGUGACCGGUACAGGACAGGAUACAGAAGCUGAUAAUGAGCCACCGCAAACUGUGGUACCUUUAGCUGAGGUUGAUGGAGUGUUGGGAGAGACGUCGGAGCAGUGGGGCCCUCCAUUGGCCAAGCGAUCCAGACCUGAUGAAGAGGAACUUGGAAUAGAACAGGAUGCUGAGCCCAUCAAAAUCCACAGAGAAGCAGUAACGCAGGUGGGCUUGCAGCAGCAAGACCCAUCCUCACCAACACAAGGAGCGCUCCUGCAGUGUGAAGAGGAAAAUCGAGGGGAGGAGGCAAGUGGGAGUUUGCAGUGUGAAUUAGAAUGCCAUCAGAAUGGAGGCCAUGAUGCACCUUUAGAAGAAGAAACGCAACCAGAAGAGGAUCAUCACAACAACAACACUUCUUCAGACAGUGAGCGGCAGCAACUUGGCCUUGAUUUUACCCAAAACCCCUUCAUGUUGACUGGUUCUUGGACUGAGUUCUCCAGAUUUGAAGAAAAUUACCUUAAAGGCUGCAAAUGGGCUCCCGAUGGUUCUUGUAUCCUGACCAACAGUGCCGACAACGUGCUGCGUGUCUACAAUGUCCCGCCAGAAGUCUAUGGCUCCAAGUGGGACCUACUUCCUGAGAUGAGUCCAGCUCUGAGGAUGGCAGAGGGUGAUACCAUCUAUGACUACUGCUGGUACCCAAAGAUGAGCUCUCUGGAUCCUCACACCUGUUUUAUAGCCAGCAGCAGCCGGGACAACCCAGUCCAUGUGUGGGAUGCAUUUUACGGGGAGGUGAGAGCCAGUUUCCGGCCGUACAAUCACUUGGACGAGCUGACCGCAGCCCACUCCCUGUGCUUCUCCCCUGAUGGCACACAGCUCUACUGCGGCUUCGACAAAACUGUCAGAGUCUUCUACACCGAGCGGCCCGGGAGAGACUGCGAGGAUCGACCCACUGUAGUGAAGAAGCAGGGCCAAAGCGGCAUCAUCUCCUGCUUUGGCUUCAGCCCCUGCCACUCGGUUUAUGCUUGUGGCUCUUACUCCCGCUGUGCCGGCCUCUACUCCUGCCAGGACGGCACCUUGCUGGCACUGCUGCCGACCCGUCACCAUGGAGGACUCACCCAUCUGCUCUUUUCUCCCGACGGCCACUACCUGUACACUGGAGGGCGCAAGGAUCCAGAGAUCUUGUGCUGGGACCUCAGAGAGCCAGGCGAGGUUUUGUUUUCCCUCAAGAGGAAUGUGGCCACAAAUCAGCGCAUCUACUUUGAUUUGGACCUCUCGGGCAGGUACCUGUUGAGCGGAGACACGGAGGGAGUGGUGUCUGUUUGGGACACCAAAACAGCUCCUCCCAAUGGAAGUGAGGAGCCACUGCAGCCUCGACUCAGGUUCAAGGCCCAUUGGGACUGCACCAACGGCAUCAGUAUUCACCCCUUCAUGCCAUUGUUGGCUACAUCCAGCGGGCAGCGGCAGUUUCCGUGGCCCAGUGACGGGGACUCAGCCUCCGACACUGAGGGAGAUGAAGCUGUGAUGUCACUGCAGGAGGUCCGACAGGACAACGCCUUGAUGCUGUGGUGGGCCGGCCCGCUGAGCUCUGCUGCAGGGGCAAACAAGGAGCCCGGCAUGGCAGCGGUGGACACCUAAAACCCUGUUAGUCCAACCAGCUGACAGUUGAAUUAUCCCUGCCAUGUGAUAUUUAUUUCAGGAGUGUGUUAUGUGAAGUUUGUAGAUGUCAAACAGUUCGUUUUUGUUUUUUUUAUGCCAGUUUACUUUGAAGUUAUAAACCCAAAGCGUACAUAGUCAAGUACAAAUUCAACCUCUGAGGUUUGAAAAUUAGUUGGAACAAUGUUUUAAUGCAACAAGGACACUUUGUGUCCUAUUUUAUUCAGGUUAGGACCUUAAGGGGGUUGCAGAGGGAAGGUUUUGUGUCCUGUCUUUCUUAGUUUUCAUUUGAUUAACAGAUCGUUAAUUUUCUUUGUCAUAUAUACUUAAUAUUUCAUCAUUUUAAUUUAGCUGAGAAUGCACCCACAUUUGAGCUUGGUUGACUGAAAAGCGUUGGUGUUGUGUGUAAACACGAAUCCGAGAUUCCUAAUUGCCAUUGUUGCAAUAAGUGCCAUUUGUUCCUGAGCUUCACUUUUGUAAACGACAGGAUCUCCUGACUUUUUUUUUUAAACCUUAUUUUUCUAACCAGUGUGCAUGCCUACAUAAUGUAUAUUUUUGUAAAGCCAUGAUGUUUGUCACUGUUGAACAUAUGAGCAGCUGACUUUAUUACUGUCGCCUCAAAAUCUUGUAAUUGGUGUGAUGGCAUGAGUGAGGACUGAUAUCUUGUUUGUCCUGCGGUUUGCAUUCAGAUUGCAUUUGAACCUGUUAGCGCAGUCCCAUUGCAGCACACCUUUGCAAUAAUGUAUGAUGGUGAUUUGCUCAAUGCUAGCAUUACCAUUUAUGGAGUCUGUUUUGGAUUUCUUUACAGGUAGGGUGGAUUGAUCAGAAGGAGCUCAACAUGCUCCAGCCAAAGUCUUGUGUGGAAAGACACAUUUGAGAAGUCUCCACCGAUUCAGGUUUUUCCUUCUUGGACCUAACAUUUUGUUGCCAAGCCAUAGUACUUACUGCGUGGUAGCUGUUAUUCGUAAGCUGCACAAAUUUUUUCCUAAGGGCCCGGUCACGCGGUAUACGAAGAUUCCUGAAUGAAGUAAAAAAAAAAAAAGGCACAAAAUCACAAAUCAUUGAGAAAAGGUGGACAAAUGAGCUUUUACUUUUCCCAUCACCGAAUAGCUUGGGAAUCAAGAGCACAAAAGAGGAACAAAAUUAAUCUGAAGCUAACGUUGCCAUCGAUGCUUUAAAUGAAACAUUCAUGUUCAUGUGACUGAUGGCUAAAAGUUUGUAAAAUCUCAGCGAUCACUCACCGGGCCGGUAGGUGGCAGUAAAUGCACCUUAAGAUGGUGCUGUCCACCAUUGAAACGAAGGCCACACCCACAUGCAGGUUAGCCAUAAACAUUUGAAACAUCGGCACAUAGUUGAUAAAAUGUUAACGCUAUUGUUACUGUAUGAAAACAUUCAGCUGGUUGAGGCUUUAGUUAUUGAUUUGUUCAGAUGUCCUUGUGUUCAUUCAAUAUGUCGGACUUGUGAGGCUGAACAAAGUGUAAACGAAGUCGACCAAAACGCCAAUGUUACAAAAACUAAGCAAACAAUAAGAAACCAUCAAGAGCUACAGCAAAAUGAAAUACAGACGAAUUGAGGUUUUCGGCGGCAUUCCUUCAAAUUUUUCGACAAUUUAAAAUCCUGAUAAAGUGCUAGCUGCAGGAAUGAAGCUGAGCAAAGGUUAAACGAUGUCAACGAAAGUCCAGAUUUCUUGUUUCAUUUGGGCUCCGUUGCCCUUCAUUAGUGCCGUGUGACCAGGCCUUAAACGGUUUACCAUGACUCAUUCGCAGCCAUUGAUGCCUUUUCAUAACGUCACAUUUAUGUGCAGCGGUGUCUGCAACAGGUGGCUUUAUGAUGGUCUUUAUUCAAGAUGGAGCCCAUUAAAAGAAUCUCCCCACAGGUUCGUAGCCUUCCUCAUUUUUGCUCUGCUGAAGGCAGUUCACAGUUCGAUGCCCUGUAAUAAAUCCCAGACGCUGUUGCACUCGAGUCAAGAGGCAGCUCUUUAAAGCUAAAAGGGACUGUUGGCUUUCGCUUAUGACAUGGAAACUAUUCAUAGCGUUCACUACUUUUUUCUUUUCCCUUCUGUGCACAUUUUGCAUGAAUGCACACUCAUGUAUUUGAUUGUCUGAAACCACAGGGGCACAUCACGCAGAGUGCCAAGUUGGAGAGCUGCACUGUUGUGUUGUGCGUGGUUGCUUAGCAACCAUCCGUGCAUUGGGAGAAGAAACUAGGCACAAAGACAAAGGGGGAAAUUGCAGGCAAGUGAGAAAAUGCCAAACAUGGGUCAUAAAUAAUCCAACGGUGUUGUGAUUGUUACUUGGCCGUAUGGUUGUCUAGACUUUCUUUGUCUCGGUGUGAGGUUUGUUUGUGUAUGUGUGUUUAUACAGUUGUCCUGCAGAGUCAACAGAAUUUGUAUUCUCAUUUUGAGGGCCCAAUGGAAAGAUGCCUUUCUGGAA